AUCUCUGAGCUUCAGCAUCUCCUGCAGCCACUCAGAGAACACAGGACCUGGUGGAAUACUGUGGGGUUUAUUCCCAGAUCUCUUCAGAAGGUGCCCCCACCAUGCCUGGGAAGAGGUCCAGGUGCUCCUUCUCCCGGCUGGAGGUGAUCCUGAUCGUCUGCCUGGCGCUGAUGAUCGCCCUGACCGUGGUGCUCCUGCUGCUGCACUUCCUCAGCAAAAACACCAAUGAUUCCAACAACAACACAGCACAAGAGGCAAAGUACUUGGUGGGUGUUGGCAGAGCUGACUGCACAGGACCUGUGGCACAAGUCCCUCUGAUGGGCUACGCCAACCCCGAGCAGGCGGGCGGGGGGCUCCUCUCUCGCCUCUACAGCCGCGCCUUCGUCGUGUGGGACCCCGAGCGCUCCCAGCGCGUCGUGUUCGUCAGCGCCGACAUCGGGAUGGUGUCGCAGCGGCUGCGGCUGGAGGUGCUGCAGCAGCUGCGGAGCAAGUACGGGGAUCUGUACGGGCAGCACAACGUGAUCCUGAGCGGCACCCACACGCACUCCGGCCCCGGAGGCUACUUCCAGUACACCCUCUUCUGGAUCACCAGCAAGGGGCUCAUCAGGCCAGCCCUCAGCUCCAUUGUCAAGGGCAUUGUGAAGAGCAUAGAUAUUGCCCAUGAGAACAUGAAGAGAGGAAGGCUCUUCAUAAACAGAGGCACAGUGGAGAACAGCCAGAUCAACAGGAGCCCUUUCUCCUACCUCGAGAACCCAGAGUCCGAGAGGAACAGGUAUUCAUCCAACACGGAUAAAGAAAUGGUGGUGCUGAAGAUGGUGGAUGAGGAUGGACACGAGCUUGGCCUCAUCAGCUGGUUUGCUGUGCACCCCGUGAGCAUGAACAACUCCAACCACCUGGUGAACAGCGACAACGUGGGCUACGCCUCCUACCUGUUCGAGCAGGAGAAGAACAAGGGGAUGCUCCCUGGAGAGGGCUCCUUUGUGGCCGCCUUUGCCUCGUCCAACCUGGGAGACGUGUCCCCCAACACGCGGGGUCCCUUCUGCGCCAACACGGGCGAGUCCUGCCACAACCCCCAGAGCAGCUGUCCCGUUGGAGGGGCAGCCAUGUGCAUGGCCAAGGGGCCUGGGAACGACAUGUUUGAGAGCACCAGGAUUAUAGGGCGAAACCUCUACUUGAAAGCAAAGGAGCUGUAUGAAAAAGCCUCCCAGGAGGUGACAGGACCCCUGAGCUCAGCCCACCAGUGGGUGAACAUGAGCGACGUGUCCGUGGAGCUGAACGCCACCCACAGGGUUAAAACCUGUAAACCAGCCCUGGGGCACAGCUUUGCUGCGGGGACUAUUGAUGGAGUGGGGGCUUUCAACUUCACCCAAGGCUCAGUAGAAGGGGACCCCUUUUGGGAUCAAAUCCGGGACCAGCUGCUGGGAGAGCCAUCAAAUGAAACCAAAGCCUGCCACAAACCCAAGCCCAUCCUCUUCAGCACGGGAGAGAUGACUUGGCCCCACCCCUGGCACCCGGACAUUGUGGACGUGCAAAUCGCUGCCAUCGGAUCCCUGGCAAUCCUCGCUGUUCCCGGGGAGUUCACGACCAUGGCUGGACGCAGGCUGCGGGAAGCUGUCAAAAGUGAAUUUGAUUCCCAUGGGACACGAGGGAUGAACGUUGUGAUUGCAGGUCUGUGCAAUGUCUACACCCACUACAUCACCACCUAUGAGGAAUACCAGGUCCAACGAUACGAGGCUGCCUCCACUAUUUAUGGGCCACACACUCUCUCUGCUUACAUCCAGCUGUACAGGGGCCUGGCCAAGGCUAUUGCUCUGAAUGCCACUGAGGAUCUGCCCCGUGGCCCAGAGCCUCCACUUUUCAACGUGACCACCCUGACCCUGCUGCCCGCUCUCGGCGUGGAGAGCGCGCCGGAAAAUAAAAACUUUGGGGAUGUGCUGGAAGAAGUGAGACAGGAGUACCGAGAGGGAGAAGUUGCUAAAGUGACUUUUGUGGGUGGAAACCCCAGGAACUCUGCAGAGAAUGCGACUGAGCACAACUUCCUGACGGUGGAGAAAUACUCCAACAUUUCCAGCAGCUGGCGUGCGGUGCUGAACGACGCCUCCUGGGACACCAGGUUCUACUGGAGCAGAGGGUCCCGUGGGCAGAGCAAUGUGACGGUGGAGUGGCACAUCCCGGCGGGCGCGGAGCCGGGCGUGUACCGCCUGCGCUACUUCGGCCACUACAAGAAGAGACUGUUCCUCCUGGGCACCGUCACCGUGCCCUUCGAGGGCUCCUCCUCAGCCUUCCACAUCACAGCUCCCUAGGCUAUGCCACCCCUGAAGGAGUGGGCAGCAGGUUUGGUGUCUGGGAUGUGCAGGGGUUGGACUUGGAUGGUUGUCGUGGGCGCCCUCCGGCUCCAGGUGAUCCCACGAUGUUCUGGGAGGGGUUUUGUGGCUCUGGAUGUCACUCGAGUGCUGCUGAUCAUCCUUUGAUGUGCAAAGUUGGACUUCCUGGGAAGUUCUGGCUUUUCCUUGCAGUUGAGUCCCUUCAUGUGUCCUCAGUCAAGUGUUUCCUGUCUUGGCCAGACUUGGUUUUGGCUCAUUUUUAUUGUAAUAAUGAUAUAAAUAAUUCUUCAGUCAUUAAACCCGUGACUCUCCAUGGUGAAUAGGCUCUCCCAGAGGGAAUUAGCUGGAAAUCAGUAAGGACUGAAUUUAUGAGUUAAAGCUGUGGGUGAGGCAGCUCUGAACAGCCCCCAGCCUGCUUUUUUGGAGCAUCAGGAAGGACCAAGGCCAGCAGGACCACCCAGAGCCACCCACAACUGGGUCACCAGAGGGUUUGUGCUCCCUCUUCAACCCCCAAAAGAGUUCAUCCAAGAAUGAAGAUACCAUUGCAGGGUACAAGGACAGUGCCCAAACCUGUUGGCUGAAAGGAUUUCACCACAAAAAAAGUCCCCAGGAAUGAAGAGGAUCUUCCCAGGAAGGUUUCAGAGCUGCCUGGGCAAAGCCAUGACCACCCUGACCAGUGCUGGUCACAGGUCCCUCCUGAGCUGCCUCCCACCAGCACUGCCCUGGGCUGCCAAAAGUGGGGACAUCUCCACAGUCCCUAAAUCUCUUCUGCCCUCUGUAAGAGGUAGAACCAGGGGCCACAGGGAGAAGAAAACACAUUUUGGGUCUGGAUUUAGGAUUCUGGUAGAGCCUGACAGCUAAACAACUGUAAAUGUUUAAUAAUGUGUACCAAUUUUGUAUGCAAUCUCCUUAAUUCUUCAGAGAAUCAUCAAUCAGAUAAUUUUGCCUCUCUUUAAAAUCAGUAGGAGAGGAUGAAUUAUUCAUUUCCAACCAGCUGCAAUCAGUCUCAGAGAUCCCCAUCCGGAGGAUGCUCAAAGCAGUCACGAUAUUGAGUCAGGAAAAAGAGAGAGCUUUGAAAGAACAGCACUGGGAAUCAAAUCCCUGGAGAUGCUCCUGAUGUCCUCUCCUAAAAACUCUCCCAGCCACCCUGCUAACAGUGGGGUUUUUUUCAGUAGGACAUGUUUAGGAUAUGUAGGACGUGUUUAAGCAAGCCAAGCUGAAUUGCACAAUAAAAGAUUUAUUCUCUAAAUCGUGAA